AUGGCGCAAGGGCAUAUCAACAAACAGCUGAAAAAUCGGACAGGACUCACCUCCCUGAAGAUCCGACAUGUCAUAUCACACCGAGGCCCAAACAGUGGGCUACGACCAAUGCAGGAGGUGCUAGGACCAAGACAAAUCAGUGCACGAGCAGCGGAAGUACAGACCCGCAAGCGGUCUCGCAUGCAAGUAUUGCACGAACAUCCCAAUGAUGAUAUAGCAUUUAAUGGGUUCAACGGUGAUGACGAUUUCGGCACUAGCAUCUUGGACAGAUCUGAGUCAAUUGAAAUUAGCCAUGCAGGUGGAGAGUUACAUGAACUUACCAAACAAUUGAUUGGUGACUUCUGGAAUGUAAAUAAGGUCAAGUCCCAUGUUCAUCGAAUAGACUACAGGACUAGGCGCACUGAAGCAUUCAACAAGCAGAUGCCAGCAUUAAUGUGUGCCUACCUAGACUGGCAUCUUGCCAAUGUCACAUCAGAUGGUCGAGGUUUUUUUGUGUGUUACUGGCAGGAAACCUCUAGUGGCUUUAGAAUGCAGGAGGACGUGAAUGCGGGAUCAAUUUGUAUCAAAGUCGUGGAUGUGUUUUAUUCCUUCAUUGCUUCAGCACUCGUCUGCCAAGGGGUUGUCCCCUGCUCUCCCAUCAGCCCAUCAACUGGGGUCACAAUGCAGGCCCUCAACUUUUACCAUAUUGCACGGAAGUGCAAUCCACACUUCUCUAUCCAGGCAUACUUUUACCCAUAUCUUUCAUGUCAAUUCUCAAUUGCCCUUGACGUCUUCCUACAGAUUCUCGCUAAGGUUGACACACUGAUGCAUGAAGCCAUUGGACGGAGCGACCCUAACUGGCAGCUGAUGCAUGUCUGUCCAGCAUGUACUUACACGCUGAAAGGCAAAGCACCUUUAAGGUUCCGAUUACUCUAUACAAUGGAUGGCAACGACUCACUCAAACGAGACGACUUGGACAAUGUACUAGAUGAAGAUAACAUGAUCGCUCACCAACGAUCUGCUGAGCUGCCUUCUAUGCAAGUUGUGGAUAGUGACCGGUACUUGACGAGGGAGUAUGUCGACCGCUUUGCAGGCAACUCUGUCAAUAUGCUGUCAGGUGAUGACGAGGACAACCCAUGCACUGGCCGUUGGAACAACAUGAAGGAUGAUAAAACCAGAAGAAUGCGGGUCUGUUGCCAUGGGUUCUCUCUUGUAAUUGCAGACAUGGUUCAAAGUGGUGAACAGUCGAAAUAUCCAUUGGCUGUGGUAUCCAAGCUUCUUGAUGUCUUCGGGAAGGACCUUGGCGGUGGCUACGAUAUCGGCUGCAGUAUACUGGGUCAGUUGGCGCACGAGCUUAACCACACAUCCCUUCUUGAUCAUCUCACCACCUACGUCGAAGGUCUCAGACUUGAAGACCUUGAGGGCUGUGAACGAACGUUCUCAAAAUCGAAUGCGCUCACAUCCUCGGUUCGCUACUCAAGUAUUUUUCACCGACGCCAAGCUAUUUGCAACUAUUUUCAACACACAGACGACUUCAAAGUUUAUGCCAACCUCUCUACAUUCCUACACAACAACUAUAAGCAGACCCUCAAUAUUCUGCUCGAUGAACAGUCGAUGCUUCCGCAACUCAUGCGUGACCUUGGCAUAAUGGAUGAUGGUGUCUUCAAAAGCUGGCUGGCUGACGAACGUGAUUACCUAAUGUCGUUGAACGAGGAACCGAAACAUGAGACCUUGCAAAUGGAAUACUGGCAGAAACUCACGCUGCCAACGCACCUUGGAGCAUAUCCACCCCAUCCACUGCAUUGUUUGGAUCACUGUGAUAACUAUGAGAAAGACCUCAAAAUUGUGCAGGAGCUUGAGGUGAAGCUCAGGGUGAAUACAGAAUGGAAGGAUGCAGGUUGCCUUGUAGCAAACCGGAAAUUUCAGUGGGCACUGGAUUCCUUGGAAGGUUUGGUAGUUGCUCGGAUCUUCGAGCUUUCUAAGAUGAACCGUGCAGGGACAGGUUAUAAACUACGAAAACAUAUCGGAAAAGCUUUGCAGGCUCGCUCUGCAGCUAUUCGGACAGCCCUCGACUGCUACAAUGCUGCAGCGCGGGCACUUUCACCACCUCAUCCAACACUUUCAUGGGAUGAGGUGGUUGAAUAUGCAUUCCUCUCCGACUUCGACCUUCUUCGAGAUGCCCAUCAAGAUAUAUCUCAAUGUGCCUGGGCCACACCCACCGGCCGGUUGGCCAUGGAUACAUACUUCAAAAUGCAACGUGCACAAGAAGAGAUUCAGCGACUCAAUGUUGAGAUUAAGAGAAUGGUAAUUGCACGCUUCACUGAACACCAUCUCUGCUGCCUGCAUGCCAUUGGCAAGUCACCGGGCUUUACAGGGUCGUUGUCGCCAGGGGAUAGUACCAAAGAUUCACCUGGGGCAAGUGCUAGCGUUCCUGUUGUCUGUAUCCCUGCACAGCUAGUCACCACUGUGGUUCCUGAGGUUCCAGAUGGUGUGGAAGAUGCCAUAGAGGAUCUAGAAGACGAGGAGCAUGCUGAUGCUGAUGGGGAAGAGCAGUCGCGUGUUCUUGAAGACAUUUUGCAGGUUACUUUUGAUGCUUGA